AUGUUUCGUCGCCGUGCUUCAAGACGCCUCCCCUCACGCGUCGUGCUCAUCGCCGUCUUUCUCACAACCCUCUUUCUAUGGCGUCAAUUAUCGCACCAAAGCGGCGUGGUGUUUGUAAAGAGCUCUUUUGACUGGUCGACCGUAGGGCUUGUUCAUCCGCCGGCGGAUGUCAAGCCUUUACCUAUUGGUCACGCAAAGCGCAUGCCGAGAAUCCAAGCUGAGAAGGGCAAAUUUGUUAAGACGGGGGAGACUGAGAAGAGGAGAGAUGCUGUGAAGAGGGAGUUUAGGAGAGGCUGGGAGUCGUAUAGGUUGAAGGCCUGGGGGAGGGAUGAGUUGAUGCCGCUGACGGGACAGGCGAAGAAUCCAUUUGGCGGGUGGGCUGCUACGUUGGUUGAUGCGCUGGACACCCUUUGGAUAAUGGAUCUGAAGACGGAAUUCAACGAAGCUGCGAGUGCGGCUGCGGCGAUAGAUUGGGGGAAAACAGACGAGAAAGCAGUCAAUCUCUUCGAAACGACAAUUCGACAUCUCGGCGGUCUUCUCAGCUCAUAUGAACUAAGUCGCGAACCAGCAUUACUGCAAAAAGCCACAGAACUCGGAGAAAUGCUAUACAUCGCCUUUGACACGCCAAACCGACUCCCUGGUUUUUGGCUCAAUUUCGAUGAUGCGUUAAAGGGCAAGCAAGUUGCCGGUAUUCACGACCCUUCAGCCUCACCGAGCUCGUUGGUCAUGGAGUUUACCAAGCUCUCACAACUAACCAACGAUCCCAAAUUCUACGACGCGACAGAUCGCGUAUCGCGGUUCUUACUCAGGAUUCAGAACAGUACUCUUUUACCGGGAAUAUGGCCCAUGUGUCUUGACUUCCAGAACGAAGCUGUGCACGAUAACACGUUUUCGCUUGGUGCGCUGGCUGAUUCUCUUUAUGAGUAUCUACCCAAGAUGCAUGCCCUACUCGGUGGGUUGGACGAGAACUACGAAAGCAUGUAUCGCACGGCGGCGGAUGUUAUUAUCAAGCAUUUGCUCUACAGGCCUAUGCUGCCGAACCAAGAAGAUGUUCUGUUUUUAGGCGAUGCUAGGGUCGGUGAGAAGAUUGAGUUGAGCACAGAGAGCCAACAUCUUACCUGCUUCGCAGGAGGAAUGUUUGCACUCGCUGGGAAACUCUUCAGUAUCGAACAACACGUUAAUAUUGGGAAAAGACUCGCCCGAGGGUGUGCUUGGGCAUAUAGCGCUUUUCCGACCGGUAUAAUGCCCGAGAUCUUCGAUCUAGUAGCCUGUCCGACCCUCUCACCCUGCGAAUGGAACGAAACGCUCUGGAAGCCGCUAAACAACCAAAAACUCCCUCCCGGGUUCCGCCACGCGCGCGAUCCACGAUAUAUUCUCCGGCCUGAAGCUAUCGAGAGUGUGUUCAUCAUGUAUAGACUCACGGCUGAUCCGAAGUGGCAGGAUAUGGCGUGGGAUAUGUUCCAGGCUGUUGUGAAGUAUUCGAGCACUGAGCUUGCGAAUGCAGCUGUUGAUGAUGUCACGAGUACGGAGACGUCGAAGACUGAUUCUAUGGAGAGUUUUUGGUUCUCGGAGACGUUAAAGUACUUCUACCUGAUCUUCUCAGAACCGGAUUUGAUCAGUUUGGAUGAGUAUGUGCUGAAUACGGAGGCGCAUCCUUUUAGAAGGCUUUUAAGUCGGGAUUAA